UAUUUCACGUCAUCACGAAACUGCACAAAUCCUUAGCAAGACCUGAAGAAGAAAUUUGAUUUAUCAAUUACAUUCAAGUAAACAUUUUCAAGUUUUUGUAAGAAAUACAUUUAGCAGAUCAAUACUUACGAAUGUUUUGAAUUAAAUCUAAGAAAAACUGCUGUAAGUUACUGGUAGCUGAGGCCGUUUCUUGAUUAAUAAAUCAAAUGGAGCUUUGAAGCAUUGUAAUUAUAAGUAAAUACACAUAUGUGAUUCUAUUUCUAUAAGCGACAGUAAAUUAAUUUGGCGUUUUAUAGAAGAUUAAAUGAAAAAACAGAUUGAAUGCAUGGUUUUUUCUUGUCUGUUUCGGAGCCCGCCUUAAGAGAUUUGGUAUGCCAGUCUGGUGGAACUUACAGUAACAAAUAUCAAGGGUUACUCUGACCUGCGUCAAUCAGUUAAAAAACCUUCCUGAAAUAGGAUACAGAUAUUCUAAAGUUAUGAAGCGCCAACCAGAGCUUCCCUCCUGUUUAUUUAACGUAUGCUUGGGUGAAAUAUCGGGUUUUUUUGCCUUUUUUCUCAUUUUUCUUCAUCUUUUUGAGAUGUUCCUGCCUACUGUUUAUUUCUGUCAUUAAUUUUAUCAUAGCAAGACCAUUUGGGGGCUCCCUUUUUAGCGGCCCUUCAUUCUGGCAUACUUCCUAUUUUAACUAUAGCUUUUAUAGUUAGUAAUUUCAGUCAUGCAGAAAGUUUUGAAUCACGCACACGCACUCCAUUUUCUAAUGAAAGAAUCAGAUCGUAGGCUUCAAUUAUCUAAUAAAACACGAAAUGAAUUGCUUUACAGGAUAAGCUCUGUUCAAACCAACGGGUCACUAAGUAAAUAUGACUAAAGCUGAAAUACAUAAAACUUGAAAAAUCAAUUUUUAUUCUUAUUGCAAACCGGUAUAGAAUCAGCUCUAUGUUGAUAAUCACAUAUGAUGUUUCUUUGGUUUAAUAAUCACAGAAGAGCUACAAGGGGAAGUCAUUAGAAGAUAAAAAGUUGCAUCCCUGACUCCAUCACUCAAGCAAGCCAUCAAUACGGGACAACGUAUCAUCGCAUUUCGAGAAAACAUGAAUCUGCACUCAAAAAUUAACGCCGUGGUAUUUUUGCUGACGAGGUUAAUUCAAAUUGCCCACAACAACUGCUUAUCGACAAAAGGAGUUGCUUUUAAAGAGUAUCAAUCAAUGUAUGUUAACAUGACACCGUUCUCUGUGUUUCAAAUAAUGAAUUCACUGGAGUGUCUGCUUGCCUGUGAAAAUGACGCAAGGUGCAAUUCAUUGAAUCUUAAACGCAGUCACAGCAAUAGAGUCAUCUGUGAGCUUCUUGCUGGAAACAGAGAAACUGCGAAAGCAGUCAAAUCAGAAAUGAGCAGCCAUCAUGAAAUUAUGACCAAAGUGCAAGAAAAAAUUGAUGCCACAACAAAGCCGUAUUGUCAGCCAGAAUGUCACUAUGUCCCAUCAUGCAAAGCAGACCGAGCAGCGAGUUGCAGAUGUUUAAACCGAAUGAUGUUUUCCAUGAACAAAGGACAUAUUUUUGUAGUUGGGCCAAGUGGAAACCAAUAUGCAAGAAUCCUAGUUGACAUUCCUUCAGGCCUGUACCAGCUGAAACUGGUGAGUUCGACCGGGUUCAUCUCCUGCAAUGGUUUUGGUGAUCCUUCAAGGUUGACCAAUUUCGGCUGCAUUUCGAUGACUGGGGAUGACGAAAUAAUGAUGAUUGUAACUGACAACAAAAACAGCCAGCUAUUACCAGGUCCACGUGGCUAUUCACAUGACGGUAGAGCCAGUAAGUCUGAUUAUCUGACCUUCAACGACCAAGUACAACUGACACAAGGUCAAGAGAUUCGAAUUUGGUACCGUGAUGAUCUGAAUGAUAACUCAGAAAGCGACAACGUUGGCUUAACCUACUUUUAUGUUGCAGCAAUAAGAGCGGAUAAAGGAUCAUCGUAAGACUGCUCCCAAGAAAAUUGAACACAAAUUCAACCGUAACUUUAUUUUAAGUAGCAAAACGGAAGUAAGGCUGUCCUGCAGCUGAUGGCGUUAAACAGAUUAAGGUUCGGGUCAAGCGUCGCUCUUCUCGUGCGCCUAAUCUAAUACAAUUAAAUGCGGCAGUAAAGCGGUGCUGGAGCGACGUUGAGUCAGAUGUCGCUCCUUAUCGUGUCGCCUCCUUAUUCAUGUAGACAUUGAAUUGAAUUAUUCCCAUAGAAAGACUCUGAAAGAAUUGGUAACUUGGUAACAUGGUAUUUAACUGAAAGGUACAAGAAACGGAUGAGUUUGAUCCGUUUUAGUUUAAAACAAAGUUGAAUGUAGCUUCAGACGUAGGAAUCGAGUUCUGGUUUUGAUUAGAAGAGUGAAGUACUGAAUUAAGUACUAUGCAAUACUGGUUUCAUUAUUCGUUCAAAUUUAACUGACUCAGCUUAUUACAAAUAUGUUUCUAUAUUACUGCAUGUUUGAUACUGGCAUUUUUGUUGAUUAUAAACUCAACCUUCUAGCGAAUUGAUCUUUGAUAAUUUUGCGUAGUCAUCAUUUGCACUAAACAACGACUCAAGAAGUAAAUGUGAUUGCAAGAAGAAAAAAUGAACACGAAUUUAUGAUUAGUUUAAGGUAUAACUGAAUAAGAGUACUGUAACCAGAAACUUUUCAUGUAACAAUUCACUUUAUGCAUUCUUUUUACGUACAAUAAGCAGUCAUCAGCAAUGUGGUAGUUGCUUUCAAUCCUUAUUGUUAAUGCAUUAAAUCACUCCCAACGACUUUGCAGCAUUUACUGUUCAUCCUGUUCACUAAAUUGAAGAUUUUAACAGUCUUUCAUCGACAAAAAACAAGGUAUAACAAAUCGUCUGAUUGAUUUUACACCCUUUGAAACAUGCUAUGACAUUUUUCAGAUCAUAUAGUCCAAAUUUAAUGUUGUAAAAAAGUGUUCAGUCGCCACUCCUCUUGUUCAUUUACCACCCUAUUUCAUUAUUGACAUUGGUGAUAUUGGCUAUAACUGGGAACUUAGCCUUUCAUCACCCGAAUUAGAUACCAACAUAAUAGUCUUGGUCUCGGAUCUUAAAGUCUACGAUCUAUCAAACUGCUGCGUCUGGCCUAGGCACCGUGCUUCGCCUUCAGCCUCUUAUCUGAUACAACUUGCCCGCAAUACAACUCCUCCAUGAAAUAAUACCUAAUAACAGUUGAAUAUAAAACAAAACAAUAAUGGCUUCUCGAAACAUGUAUACCUUUUGAUUUUACACAAUUCCAACCAUAUUUCAACUUAUAUACCAUAAUGAUAUACUUGUAAAAUUAUAAAUUGUGAAUUUUAUUUAAGAACUUUCAACACAGUUGUAAUAGUGUUAAUAGAAUCUAUUUUGACUAAGUUACCUUGCAACAGAAUAAACUUCUGCCAAUGUAUUUCAUAAAGUUUUAGAUCCCCGUGAUCAUUUGCGAAUGUUUCGUGAGUCAUUGAAAGUAUUUGAUAAAAAACAAAGCGUAUUUGAUCAAAAAAACCAAACAAAACUAAAUGAAAAAUUUUAAAGCUGUUUCCUAUGUUUAAUACCAGAUCUUAAAAUACGGAAAAUUGAAAAUUUGUUUAGUUUCUUUAAUUUUCUUGAGCAACAUACUAACGGAUUUAAUUAGUUGUAGCUUUUCAAAUAAAAACUCGAUUCAACAUAGCU